AUGCUUUCCCAGUUUACCGUUUAGGCCAAUGCGUUUUUACAAAUUGGAUCAUCUACGGGAUUGCGUUUUCUCUAUGUCGUUUUUUUCUAGAUCCUACUGUGGAUUUUUAGUCGACAUACAAUACUUCAGUCUGGAACAAAGUUGUGCCAUGCUGAAAAGCAUCUCAUUUGUACUUGAUUUUUUUCGGGCGCAUCUUCGUGAUUUUACCACCGGCUAGUGGAAAACAGAACACUAACCUCAACCCCAGUGACUAUAGCUCUUUUUCCCAAGGAAACAUGCUUGCCAAUUCCAGCGGAUCUUUUCUUUACUCUCAAACGGGACAUGCAGACCUCCAUGGUUCAGUAUGGGACACCACAGCUGAAGGAACACAGAACUUCAAUGGAGAAGAGGAAUUCCAUUUCACAUAUGGACAAGUUACUCCCAGACAGGAUCAGAAUGAAGCCGUGGAAGACAUGACCAGCAAAUGGAUCGCCGCGGAGCAGACCCAAGCUCCCACCUCAGAGCCCAUGCGGAGGAUUAGCUCACGAGGCUCCUCCGGAAGCCACAAGAACAGAAUAAUGAAAGCCUCUCUGCAGAAGAGCCGGCCGAGACUUGCUCAUGUCUCGCAUAUGUCGAAUUUUGACAUAACAGGUAAUCCACAAAUGGAAGCAUAUCUCAUGCAGGAUUCAGAUGCCCAUUCCGUAUCUUCUCAGUCUCAAAUGUUCUACCCAACCCUUCCCAUGAGUGUAAGCCUAUCCGCGGAUGGACUUCCAUACUCUCCCGCUGUUCUUUCAGGAAUGCCGCAGCAGCAUAUCGACCCAACUCAGAUGCAGCUGAAUUUCGAGGCUAACCUUGCUGCGAACUCGCCUGCUGCUACCACAUGGAGCUCUCUCAGCCCUGUUGAGUCUCGGAUUUCUACACCUGGCCCUGGCGAGGAUGCCUGGUCUGUUCCCAUGGAUGCUUCGCCCUCGCGAACUAAUGACUCUUCGCCAAUUAUGGAUGGCAUUUCGCCAAGCCUCGAUCGCCAGAUGGGCUUAAUGACCACAGAGGAUCCCAAUGGAGUUAUGUUGCCAGACGAUAUGUUUGCCUUACCUCCUGCUUACACGCGCCGCUCCAGCGGUGACGGUGAGUCUUCUGCUCGGGACCACCCAUUAUACAAGAACGCCUACCCACAGGCCGACGGACUAUUCCACUGCCCAUUUGAAGGCCAGUCCAGUUGCAACCACAAGCCCGAAAAGCUCAAGUGCAACUACGACAAAUUUGUCGACUCCCACUUGAAGCCAUACCGAUGCAAGAUUGAAUCUUGCGAGAAUGCUCGGUUUUCCUCGACCGCCUGUCUCCUCCGACAUGAGCGCGAAGCUCAUGCUAUGCAUGGCCAUGGUGACAAGCCCUACCUCUGCACAUAUGAUGGAUGUGACCGUGCCGUUCCUGGAAAUGGAUUCCCGCGCCAGUGGAACCUGAAGGACCACAUGAGACGCGUCCACAAUGAUAAUGGAAAUUCUCUGAAUGCCGUCAGUGGAUCUCCUCCGUCCGGACAUGCAUCUUCCGCACAUUCGGCCAAGGGUCGAAAGAGGAAGAGUAAGGAUUCCGUGGAAAGCACUAGCAGCCGCAAGCAUGCUUCAAAAUAUGCGCAGGCAGAGGCAGCUAUCAGAGCUGUGGAGCAGCCAAUGGUAGAUGAAUGGUACCAGCACCACAAGGCUCUACAGACCUACCUUCAGGAAUUCAGCGUCCCGGAUGCUUUUGAUUACUUGCAAAACUUCUCUGAGGCCAGGGAGCAUUUAGCAGCUAUGGGGAAGAUCUCCCAAAAGUUGCUCUCUUCCAACAAGGCGUCUAACGCCCAUGAUUCUUACAGGCGAUCCCACGGAAACCAUUCUCGCUAAGUGAAAAAUCAUAAGAAAAAGAUUUCGACCCAUGGAUGUUUUUUACAAGCCAAGGAAUGUGCAAGUGCAUAGUUCCAACUUUACUUCUGCUUCCGCCGGUCAGGAGACCGUGACGGAGCCUAUCCAGGCUCUUUGAGAAU